UUCAAUAGGUAUGAUGCUUUGCAUAAUUGCUGGCAAGGAAAUACGAAAUGCCCUGUGUGUCAAUCCUGUUCUUCUGCUUAUUAUCAAAUGUACAUGUUUUGAUUUGUGUGAAUCCUGUUCUUCAGCUUGUUAUCUGAUGUACAUAGUUUGCCUCGUGUGAAUCCUGUUCUUCUGCUUGUUAUCUAAUGUACAUUUCCUUUAUAAUAUUUCAAUAUCUGAAAGAGUUAUUGUAUGAGUUUAACAGCCUAUACUGCUUGGCAGGUGGUAUCAAUUGAAUAGGAUUGUAGCAAUAUUAUGCGGCGUCCAUCUAAAAGGAAGCUAAUUCCUCCUAGUGCUCUUAAUGUAAGCUACAUAGAUAGAGCACCACAGUUAAGUCCUCGAAUUGGUCAUCAAUACCAGGUGGAAGUUCCUUCCAUGAUAAAAGAAUCAGAACUUGCACAUAAUGAAGUGGAGGAUAGUGGACAUGAAGGGUGGAGAUAUCUUGGACAGAAUGAUGGUGCAUUCAAUAUAACUGUACCAGUAGCAGAAGUUAAUUGUAAUAACUCGUGGAGUGAUGCUGAUGUAAAAAGCUUUCUCCUUGGUUUAUUUAUCUUUGGGAAAAACUUUGUUCAGAUAAAAAGAUUUCUAGAGAACAAAGAGAUGGGAGAAAUACUGUCAUUUUACUAUGGAAAGUUUUACAAGUCCGAUGAAUACCGUAGAUGGUCAGACUGCAAGAAAAUAAAAGGGAGAAAAUGUAUAACAGGAGACAAACUUUUUUCUGGUCAGAAGCAUAUUGAACUGUUGUCUCGCUUGACUGGCCGUGUCUCAGAAGAACAAAAAGAUGCUUUCCAACAGGUUUCCAAGUCCUAUUCGGAGGGGAGGACUUCUCUAGAGGAAUAUGUGUAUUCUUUGAAGUCUACUUUCGGACUUGGUGUUCUUGUGGAAGCUGUAGGGAUUGGUAAGGGGAAGGAAGACCUUACCAGCCCAGCCAUGAAAUGUGGUAAGAAAACCCAGGAUUGUUCUAUACAAGCUAGCAAAGCUUGGUCUUCUCUUGGACCCUGUGAUAUAAUCAAGCUUUUGACCGGAGACUAUCAAUCCUGCAAAGCCAAAAGUAAUGAUAUAUUCUGGGAAGCUAUUUGGCCCCGCUUACUGGCAAGAGGUUGGCACUCGGAGAAACUAAAGAAUCAAGGCCAUCUUAGCUCCAAAAAUGUUGUGGUCUUUCUUCUACCUGGUGUUAAAAAGUUUUCCAAGAGAAAACUUGUAAAAGGUGAUCAUUACUUUGAUUCUGUCAGAGAUGUCUUGAGCAAAGUGAUAGCUGAACCAAAUCUUCUUAAACUGGAAGUUCUAAAAAUAAAAGUUGGUGGCUGCAAUGAGAAAAAAGCAGAAAAGGGAUCUAACAAGGAUGGUCAACCUGACAACCAUCACCAGUGUUACCUCAAGCACCAAGUUUCUACUAACUGUGCAAACCACAGUAAAGGUAAGUUUGACAACAUUUAUCCGGGAGAGACAGAAGCUGCUAUGGUACCCAGCAAAGAGAAUAAUAAUAAUGCUGAUGCAAACUAUAUGGCAGAAAAUUGUGAAAAUCAGAUGAUCUGUGUGGCUAGUGAAAAUCAAAUAAAGAGAAGCAUACGGCAUAAAUUCAUUCGAAGACCAAGAUUAGGUCAUUUAGAUCUUGCAGGUCCCCCCACCAAACUGUUAAAACUUUCUCCACCGGCUGAUGUUGAGACAGACCACAUUUUUAUGAACUCCGCAAGAAUCAUAGGAUCAGAAAAACAGGAACCCUCUCAGUCAUCAUGCAUUCCACAUGUCAACAAUGGAAGUGUAGAAUUAGAAAACGAAAGAAGAAAUAUUAUUAGAGCUUGUGUGGACGAAGGCAUUUCGGGUGAUAAAGUGGAGAAAUGUGAACCACAACAUACCAUCUACUUGAAUGAAUCUCAAGUUCUACUGAUGUCUGAAGAUGCUGAAUUGAUGACAACAGCUCAGGAAGACAAGCAAGACCUGAAGCCAAAAGAUAUAAUUCCAAGGAGGAGCACAAGGAACAGACCAUUAACAGCUAGAGCAUUGGAAUCUUUCUUGCAGACACAAAGGAAAGGGAAAAGAAAAGACACUCUCUCAUUUAAAGACCCCUUGAAUAAAAUUUGCAACCAUAGCGCUCAUGACAGAGGUCUAAAGAACGCUGUGUAGUCAUAGCUCGGAUCAUUGGACUCAUUUAAUAAAAGAACAGCAUUUGAAUAGAUAUUCUUGUGUCAAUGAAAGGUAUUUUGCCAGCCUUUAGAUUAUAUUAAAUCGUAGAGGUAUUUUAUUCUAGGAAUUUCAUAAGUUACUUGUCAUGAUGAGGUUGGAAAUGUAUUCUUCCUCUCUGACUUUAUUACAUUUUGAAGUUAACAGACAUAAUG